UAAAAAGUCUAUGUUUAUGGAGUGGGUCUGCGGAAGUGGAGUAUGUUGAUUCUGGAUUCCCUACAAGAAGAAGGUUUCCAUCUCUGAGAAAACUUAUUACAGUCAAAUUUGAUAAUCUGAAAGGAUUGCUGAAAAAAGGAAGGAGAAGAGCAAUUCCCUGUGCUUGAAGAGAUGGAGAUUCACUGGUGCCCUAUGUUUGUUUUUCCGACCCUUUCUUCUGUCAAGAAAUUGGUAGCUUCUGGGAACAAGUCAUAUGCAAUAGGUUUCAGUUCGCUAUCUAAUCUCAGGGCUCUUACUUCCCUCCACAUUCGCUAUAACGAAGAAGAUACUUCGCUCCCAGAAGAGAUGUUCAAAAGCCUAGCAAAUCUCAAAUACUUGAAAUUCUUUUUCUGCAAUCUCAAAGAGCUGCCUACCAGCCUGGCUAGUCUUAAAGCUUUGAAGCAUCUGGAUAUUAUUGGGUGUGACGCACUAGAGAGUCUCCCCGAGGAAGGGGUGAAAGGUUUAACUUCACUCACACAGUUAUCCAUAACAUACUGUGAAAUGCUAAAAUGUUUACCGCAGGGAUUGUAGCACCUAACAGCCCUCACAAAUUUAUCAGUUAGUGAAUGUCCAACACUGGCCAAGCGAUGUGAGAAGGGAAUAGGAGAAGACUGGUACAAAAUUGCUCACAUUCCUGAUGUGUUUAUCAGUUAAGUCUUAUUCCUAAUUAGAUGUAAUUUUCUGAUUUUCUUUUGGAAUCAAAUCAACUAUUUGUAUUAUACUUGAUUUUUCUUGGGUCUGUAACAAUAAGUAUUUGAAAUUUUUCA